ACGAGGUGUUAGGACUAUCGUAACGCCUACAAAAGGGCGUACAACAUAUAACAGUCCGGCAUCUGCAGGGAUACGGCACAGCGUCGCCGCCCUCCACAUAGCUUCAUAACGCCGGUACCAUAUAUUCACCGAUAAAUUGCCAAAAUGGGUCGUAUCAUCAGAGGUCAGCGUAAGGGUCGUGGAUCCAUUUUCAAAUCUCACGUCCACUUGCGUAAGGGUCCCGCUAAGCUCCGCAGGUUCGACUACGCGGAGAACCACGGCUACAUCCGUGGUGUUGUCAAGGACAUCAUCCACGACUCUGGAAGGGGUGCUCCUUUGGCACAGAUCCACUUCAGGAAUGCCUACAAGUACCGCACUGACAAGGAGCAGGUCGUCGCCGUUGAGGGCAUGUACACGGGUCAAUAUGUAUACUUUGGUCGUGAAUCACGCCUCAACAUUGGUAACUGCAUGCCGGUAGGAAAGAUGCCGGAGGGUACUGUCAUUUCCAGUUUGGAGGAGAAACGUGGUGACCGUGGUCGUUUGGCGAAGGCAUCUGGUACCUACGCCACUAUCAUCGGUCACUCUGAUGACGGAAAGAUGACUAGGGUGAGGUUGCCAUCAGGUGCCCGUAAGAGCGUUGAGUCCAACUCACGUGCUAUCAUUGGCCUCGUAGCUGGUGGUGGUCGUAUUGACAAGCCUUUACUCAAGGCCGGUACCGCAUACUUCAAGUACAAGGCUAAGCGCAACUGCUGGCCACGCGUGCGUGGUGUUACCAUGAACCCUGUGGACCACCCUCACGGUGGUGGUAACCAUCAGCACAUCGGUAAACCCAGUACGGUAUCACGUGGUGCUCCACCAGGACAGAAGGUUGGUCUUAUCGCUGCCCGCAGGACCGGUCUUCUGCGUGGUGGUAAGAAGAAGUUCAAGAACGAAUCUUAAACAGCUUGAGCUUAAUAUCAUGUUUAUACAACAAAGUAGCCAUGGCGUG